AUGAGUAAAACUGCACUCUUCGUCAUCGACACACAAGCAGAGCUGGUGUCGAACGCGGGUACAGCGAUUCCACAUGCAGCGCGUAUUUGCCAUGCUUGUGCUGCUAUACUCGAACGUGCACGGAGUGCGCCAGCGUCCAGCGUAGAGAUCAUCGUGGUUCAACAUGCAGAAGAUCCAAGCGACCCCGAGGCUACCUUGAUUCCCGGCAAUACGGGUUGGGAGCUCACGUUGCCUCCUCAAGGCAAUGUUGUUAAUGAAAGGCUCGUGCAGAAAACAACAGCGGAUACAUUUGAGUCAAAUCAUACAUUGGCAAGCGACCUCAAAGCACAGGGGAUAUCAAAGAUAGUGGCCUGUGGUGUACAAAGUGACUUUUGUGUGCGCGCAACCUGUAGAGGUGCGGUAGACGCUGGAUUUGAUGUUGUCUUGCUUCAAGGUGCCCAUUCUACUUAUGACAGCUCAGACAAGGGAAAGACUGCGGAAGAAAUAGAGAGGGACAUUGAAGAGGAGCUGGAGCGUACAGGGGUUCAUAUUACACACUGGGAAGACUAUGCUUUCUAA